UCUCUCACACACACACAAACACAAACACACACAGAGUUCAGAAGUUCACAACUCCAUCACACAGACUCUCAGUACUCUGUGUCUUCUGAAAAUUCAGUUUCAGAAAAUCAAGGAGCAGCAGCGAGAUCUCCCACAAAAUCUAACUAAGAACUGAAUCUCCGCUUCGCCAAUCAAACCGAUCCAAUCUACUCACCCGCCAAUGAAGGCCACCAAAGCCCUCAACCCCGCUGUCAUCACCUUCGACCACAAGAGGGAUGCCUAUGGGUUUGCUGUGAGACCUCAGCAUGUACAGAGAUACCGUGAAUAUGCUAAUAUAUACAAGGAAGAAGAGGAGGAAAGAUCUGAUAGGUGGAAUUUUUUCCUGGAACGGCAGGCAGAGUCAGCGCAACUGCCUGUAAAUCUAUUAUCAGUAGAAGAAGAUGAGAAGAGCCUUCAUGCUGGAGCUUCAGAGCAAGAACCGGAUGCUAAAUCGGAGAAAGUUGUUGAAGGAGGCGAUUUAAGUGGUUGGAAGCUUGGUUCCAAUGAUUCAGCUGAAAAUGGUGUCAGAAAGGAGGAGGUACCUGCAGCUAAGGAGACAAAAACUCAUAAGCUCCAAAUAUGGACUGAGAUCAGACCAUCCCUUCGUGCCAUUGAAGAUAUGAUGAGCAUUCGUGUAAAGAAGAAAAACAAUUUAUCAAAAGAUGAUCAAGGUGCUGAAACUGGAAAGCUGCUUCCUUUUGAAGAGGCUAGAUCCUCUAAAGGAGUAUCUGAGGAGGAUUCCGAGGAUGAAUUUUAUGAUGCAGAGAGGUCUGAUCCCACUCAAGAUGUUCCUCCAAGUGAUACCAUCAGUGCCCAUGUUACUGGUGAUGUGGUUCCUCCAGAAUCUUUGGGUCCUUGGAAAGAAGAGUUAGAAGUCCUUGUUCGUGGUGGGGUGCCUAUGGCUCUCAGGGGAGAGCUUUGGCAAGCUUUUGUGGGUGUGAGAUCACGUCGUGUUGAGAAGUAUUACCAGGAUCUGCUAGCUCCAGAAAGUAUUUCUGGCAAUAACACAGAACAAAACAGCACACAGUUGGACAACAGUAGUGAGGGCUUAACUACAGAUUCUGUAUGUGUGCCAGAGAAAUGGAAAGGGCAGAUUGAGAAGGAUUUGCCUCGAACAUUUCCGGGCCAUCCUGCUCUUGAUGAGGAUGGUAGAAAUGCUUUGAGGCGCUUACUUACAGCUUAUGCUAGACAUAAUCCAUCUGUUGGGUACUGCCAGGCGGAUUGCCAUGUGACAAUAGGCUUUUGCAUACCGCUCUCCAUACAGAUAAAUUCUGUUUUGGCCAUGAACUUCUUUGCUGGCUUAUUACUACUUUUGAUGCCUGAAGAAAAUGCUUUUUGGGCUUUGAUGGGCAUUAUUGAUGACUAUUUUGAUGGCUAUUACUCAGAGGAAAUGAUAGAGUCUCAGGUUGACCAGCUUGUUUUUGAGGAGUUGGUGCGCGAGAGAUUUCCUAAAUUAGUCAAUCAUCUAGAUUACCUGGGAGUGCAGGUGGCUUGGGUUACCGGGCCGUGGUUCCUUUCCAUUUUUAUGAACAUGCUUCCAUGGGAAAGUGUUCUUCGAGUCUGGGAUGUGCUUCUUUUUGAAGGAAAUCGCGUCAUGCUAUUUAGAACAGCACUUGCUUUGAUGGAGUUAUAUGGCCCGGCAUUGGUUACAUCUAAGGAUGCUGGAGAUGCAGUUACUUUGCUGCAGUCACUGGCGGGAUCAACAUUUGAUAGCAGUCAACUUGUACUGACUGCUUGCAUGGGUUACCAAAAUGUAAAUGAAGCCCGAUUACAAGAGUUGAGAAGUAAACACCGGCCAGCUGUAAUAUCUGCACUUGAGGAAAGAUCAAAGGGGCUUCGAGCUUGGAGGGAUUCUCAGGGGCUGGCAUCUAAACUGUAUGGUUUUAAGCAUGAUCCUAAAUCAAUGAUAAUAGAAGCCAAUAAAACAGAACGAUCGGCCGAUACACAAACAAAUGGUUGUUUAUCUCGUUCGGAGUCUGGGUCCACGAAUACAGAUGAAAUUCUCAUUAGCCUAAAUGGGGAUUUGGAGGUUGAUUCGGUCAAAGAUCUUCAAGAGCAGGUGAUGUGGUUGAAGGUUGAAUUGUGCAAAUUGCUGGAGGAGAAAAGAUCGGCUGUACUCAGAGCUGAGGAAUUGGAGACAGCUUUGAUGGAGAUGGUCAAGCAGGAUAAUCGGCGGCAAUUGAGUGCCAGGGUUGAGCAGUUAGAGCAAGAGGUUGCUGAACUUCGAAGGGCCCUCUCCGAUAAGCAGGAACAAGAAAAUGCCAUGCUUCAGGUCUUAAUGCGGGUAGAGCAAGAACAAAGGGUAACAGAAGAUGCUCGUAGAUUUUCCGAGCAAGAUGCAGCAGCACAGAGAUAUGCUGCUCAAGUGCUUCAGGAUAAGUAUGAAGAGGCCACUGCUUCAAUUGCUGAAAUGGAGAAGAGAGUGGUUAUGGCAGAAUCAAUGUUGGAGGCUACGUUGCAGUACCAAUCUGGCCAAGUUAAAGCACAACCCUCUCCACGAUCUCCACAUCCAGAUUCUUCAACAGCACGAAGCAAUCAAGAGUCUGCACAAGAUUUUCCUGCAAGGAAGAUUGGUUUGCUAGCACGUCCAUUUGGACUUGGCUGGCGAGAGCGGAACAAGGGGAAACAAACUACUACUGAGGAGCCAAUUGAUGGCAAAUCUACCAAUGAAGAUCAGAGCCCCAGCCCACAACAGACAGAUGCUAAUGGUGUGGAAGACAAAGAUAGAGAAUAACAGGUUUAUUAGAAUGAUACUCCAAAUAGAUAUACUUCUUUCAUUGCCCCAUUCCAAUAUGCUUUUGGUUUGGUCCAUAUCUUAUGCGUCAGUGUCAGUUCAGGGAGUGGGUAGAUUUAGCUUCUGUAUGUAAUUUUGACUAGACACAACCGGUAUAGAGCUCAUAUUCUUUCAUUAUUUGUUUGUUCAUUGCGUCAGUGGUAAUAAUAGUAUGGUGGAGGAGAGAAUGUAAGCAGACACAUGAGAUCGAUGGUUACACAACUGUAUAAUCUUUGCAUUAGUAAUUUAGUACCUUGCCUUGCUUUGUCUUAA